AGGUCUCUCAACCUGGGUAGAGCAUAAGCCCCCCAAAAGCUGAGACGGAGCCAUGGCGUGGCCCUAGCCGAUUCGCAUGGAGGUCACCACUGCAGCUUGCCUGCCCCAGUGCUUGACCAAUGGGCAGGUGGUUCACCUCAAGGGCUUUGGCCGCGGGCGCUUCCCAGGUGAUGAUCUUUGCGCAGAUGAGAGCCUCGUGCAGUUGCUGCUGGACGCGCUGGGCCCCUCUGGUGUGAUGGUCUGGGACGGCGACGAGUUUGCAGAGGACAGCUUCACGCGCAUCCUGGACAAGGUGGCCUCGGCGCACCGAGUGUCCGUAGUGGCCUUCUACUGGCGGAGCCUCGCCCGCGCCUUCCGCAGCUCCUGGGAGCCGCGGGCCGCAGGCGGCCGCUUCGCGGCGAAACUGCGCCUGGUGCUGCUGGAGGAGCCGCCAGGUAUGGAGAUGGGCAGCGACGACAGCUGGGUGCGGCUGGGAGUGGAGGCGCUGCGCCUGACGAAGGCGUCCCAGGUCCUGUGCCUGGGAGGUGGAGGCGUGGUGGCGGAAGAGGCGGCCGCGGCGCUGCGGGAGAAGCUGCCGGCGCGGUGGCGCCUGGUGCCAGUGCCGAGGCUGGGCGCAGAUGGGAGCCCCGACGACGAGGAUUCCGCGGUGCUCCGGCGGAUGCGCGAGGAGGAGUGGCCGCACUGCGAGCUGUGGCCAGCUGCGGGACCCAGCGGUGAGGCCAUGGAGAAGGUCGCCCUGGUGUUGGCGCUCGCGGCGCGCUUCCUGGGAUUCGUGGGCCCCCUUCGGGCCAAAGACGAGGCUGCUUCAGCCGCAGGGCCCAACGUGCGCGUCCUCGCUGCGCCCGCUACCAUGGAAGCCGAGAGGAGUGGGCUCAUGGAAGGUGAGCGCUUCAUCGCCCUGAACCGCUUCCGAGUGCGCGAGGGCGCGGAGGACGCCUUUGAGCAGCGCUGGGGCAAAAGCAAAGACGAGGCCUUGCAGAGCUUAGAUGGAUUCCGCUGGUUCUCCUUGCUGCGACGUGUGUCUAGCACGCCAAAGUCCACCGGAGCACUCAGCGUGGUCUACAACUACGAUGAUGAGCAGUAUGAGGACGACUACACCUACGUCUCCAUGAGCAUGUGGGACAGCCAGAAGGACUUUGAUGCCGCAGUGGCCGCGAGUCCCAAGGAUGCCCAGGGCAGCACCAGCUUCGUGAACAUGGCAGUGAAUGGCUUCGUGACCACCAGCGGCCCUCCCAAGCCGGCAAUCUGGAAAGGGCUUUUGCUGGAGAAAGCUGAGGUGAGGGAGAGUAUCAGUCAGGCGUCGGAGACGCCAUUGCCGACCGACUGCUUCGUGGCGAUGAACCGCUUCACGGUGAAGCCGGGCAAUGAGAAGGAAUUCGAGCAGCGCUGGGCCAACCGCGAGAGCAAACUCCUCGAGGCGGAGGGCUUUCUCUUCUUCCAGCUCUUGAGAAGGGAGCAGAGCCCAGAUGAUGACGUGAACUACAUCAGCAUGAGCGCCUGGAAGGACCAGGAUGCCUUCGACCAGUGGUGGGACAGCAAGAGCUUCGCAAACAUGGCCCAGGUGCAGGGAAGUUUGUUGGAGAGGGAGAUUGUCCGCUACUUCUACGAGGGCGUGCCCGAGCCUCAGGGCACCACUGAGAAGUCUUAA